AUGAAGCAACAGAUCAACUGUUAUGAGGUUGAUGGGGUGACGGUGAAGAAGACCUUGGAUCUUCCAGAGGUGUUUUCCACACCUAUCAGACAGGAUCUUGUGCUGAAGACGUACUCGAUAUACAGGAUGAAGACCAGGCAGCCAUAUGCAGUAUCGAAGUAUGCAGGUAUGCAGCAUUCUGCAGAGUCCUGGGGAACCGGGAGGGCGAUUGCACGUGUGCCGAGAGUGAAGGGAGGAGGAACAAGAAGGGCAGGACAGGGUGCAUUUGCAAACUUCUGCCGAAAGGGUAGGAUGGCACACCCAACCAAGACGCAUAGGAGAUGGGCUAGAAAGGUUGUGGAGAACACCAAGAAGAUAGCCGAGGCCAUGGCAGUUGCAGCAUCUGCACAAACAUCACUUGUGGAAGCUCGGGGGCACAGGGUAUCGAAUGUGAAGAUGCUUCCCAUCAUUGUCUCUGACGACAUUUCAAAGGCCAAGAAGACCAAGGAUGCACUACAGAUUCUCAAGGACUUAAACAUGAAGGAGGAAUUGAAGAGGAUUGAAAAGAGCCGAGGAGUGCGAUGUGGUAAGGGGAAGAUGAGGAACAGAAGAUAUACACAAAGAAAAGGGAUCCUUAUUGUGCACGGAGAGUCCUCUGAGCUUCUUGGGUUCAGAAACAUUCGGGGAGUAGAUCAGAUGAGCAUUGACAGCUUGGAUCUCCUUGAGCUUGCGCCGGGAGGACUGCCAGGAAGGCUGAUCAUAUGGACCGAAAGUGCCUUUGAGAAGCUGGACAAGAUCUUUGGAGGAGUUGAGAGAGAGGCCGAGCUUACUCCUGGAUUCAAGCUUCCCGACAGGAUUGUGGCCCAUGACGAUCUUGAAGAGCUGUUCUACAGUGAUGCAGUGCAGGCCAUUCUCGACGAGCCUCUGUUUGUGGGAAGGACAGAGCUCAAGCUGAGUGAUGAAGAGAUGAAGGAAAGGCUGAGGUUUGUUAAGAAGCUUGAUCCAUCUGCAAUAAGAUCCACUAAUUAA